GAUGCAUUGUGGCGCCACUGUGCGGUGGCCACGAGAAACGAUUUGGCAGGCGCCGCUCUCGCCGCGACAGACAGCCGCCGCACGCGAGACACGUGUGCAAGCAAGCAGCGUGUGAGUGAAAACCGCAACAACGUGUGCGCACAGUUUGUCGCCGUCCGCUAGCCAUGGAGCCCGCUGGUGACUGCUUUGUACCUGGAGGUUUCUUCAGCGUGACGAACGGCUGGAAAAAGCGCUUCGGUAACGUCAAAAUACCCACGGAAGCGCAGCUCGAAGAACACAUGGUGUCGAGCGGAGCGCGCUUCGCGCGACAGCAAAUGAAAGGAACGAUGUUCCAAGAAGAAGGAUACGUGCGCAACGUCAUGUACAACGACGUGUCAGCAGAAUCCACGUGCGGACUUUUGCGUAGUAUCUGCCUACCGUCAAUGAAAGGCGGCUAUUACAUCGUGCACGCCGCGAUUUCCAAGGCGUCGGGCUCCAUCCUGGCUGGUCAUUGCCUCUGCCCCGCAGGCCUGAGCGGCACAUGCCAACAUUUUGUUGGGUUAAUCCUUCAUGCCAUUCACUUGGCGCAAAAGGAUGCGGCAACGUGCACGGAAGUUCCAUGUGCUUGGAUUGUUCCUGCCCAAGUCAAAAAGCAUGAGCCACCUCUGCCUCUGCAAGACAUCACUUUUCACACAAGGAAACAUGAAGGUGCGAAAAGGCGGCGGUUUGAUCCACUGCCAGGGCUCUCACCGAGUGACCCAUCUCUGCUUGCUGCCGAUCUCGAAAAGGUGGCAGCAAACUGCCUGCUUCUCCGUUAUAUGAGCAAAGAAAACUCAGGAGAAUCACUUGAUGAACACAGUCCCAGUGAAGUGGCACCAGAAGCUUCAGACACUCCACUGGUCCAAGACAUUGAAGACAUCCACAGUGAGACCUGUCAAAGACUCAUACAAGAGAGGUUUGAUGCUAUACAGGCCCUCUCGGUGGACAGCAGAGCAGUUGUUCUCGAGUCAACGAUUGGACAGGCCGCAAAUCCAACCUGGCACAUGGAGCGGAUUGGUCGGCUAACUGCCUCAAUGUUUAAAAGAAUUGUGCGGUGCCGGAAACCUGACAGUAUUGUUAAAGAGAUACUUUACCCGCGGAGCUAUAAAACUGAAGCCAUGCACUAUGGAAAUGUGCACGAGCCAGAUGCCGUUCAGGCAUAUGAACAGCUAAUGGCCUGCAUGGAUAAGACCAUAACUGUGGGAUAUACAGGCCUGCACGUGCAUGCUGAGCAUCCGUUUAUUGCUGCAUACCCAGAUAGACUGGUAUUUGAGGGCAGUGACAUGGGGCUGCUAGAAGUUAAAUGCCUGUUUUCUUUCAAAGGAAAAAGUAUCGAAGAAGCUGCAGCUUCUCCAAAGUUUUGUUGUAGGGCAACAGGUAAUGAAAUUACAUUGAAAAGGGAGCAUGAAUACUAUUAUCAGUUGCAGGGCCAAAUGGCAGUGACAGGACUUAGCUGGUGCGACUUCGUUGUGUGGACUAAUGCAGCAUCCAUUGCAUCCUCCUUACACGUCGAAAGGAUUUUCUUUGAUGAGGCCAUGUGGUCUCAGGAAAUAUUGCCAGCACUACUGCAUUUCUAUAGGAAUGCUGUGCUAGCUGAGGAGCUGACCCAGCGAAUUAGAAGAGGGCUUCCCCUGUAUAGUUCUGCCAGGUAUGUUGGCACUGCCAAAAGGAAUCUGAAAACCUGCAGAAAGCAGGAGCCCCCUACUGCAAAAAUAUGUACACCACAAAGAGAAUGAAGUCAUUGUCAAGGAGGUGGGACAAAACAAUGGCCUGAUACGGAAGGGCGUAUGUGAGUCGGCUAAUUACGAAUGCGUGAACCAGGCUGAUGGUCUCUCCCUUAGUUAGGCCGUCUCUGCUUCUUGCCACUCUCCUUAUCAUUCUGGCCACGUUUCCUGUGACCGCCUUUAGUUUUUGUAGGGUGUGAGAUGUUCCAGCAUUCUGCUGUAUCCACAUCCCCAAUAUUCUGAGUGUCUCCACUUCACGAAUAGGCACCCCGUCGAGAGUCAAAGUGAGCGGCACCCAGUCCUUCUUUCUUGCGUACUUCGCACGCACCCGAAUGAAUUCCGAUUUUUCGGGUGCGCAUGCCAUGUCCGCCGCCCUCGCGUAUUCCACGACUGUGUCUAUGGCCUUUUGAAGGGUUUCUUGCUUGUCCCCGUAGGACCCCUGGUGAGCCCAGAACGUGAUAUCAUCGGCAUAUAUCGCACAACCGAGAUUCGGGUGCUUAUCUAGCUCCAGGGCUAGCUUUCUCAUCCCUACAUUGAAUAGCAGUGGAGAGAGUAUAGCUCCCUGGGGGGACCUCUGUCGGGACAGUUGAAGGUGUCGGACCUCGUGGAGCCUAAUCCGAUUGUGGCCGUGCGGUGGCUGAGGAACGAGCGCACGUAGUUAUAAAUUCGCGAUCCACAGUUCACCGCGAAUAGCGUGGUGGGAGAUGCUGUCGAAGGCCUCUUUGAUGUCCAAUGCCAGUACAAAUUUAUCUUCCGACCCUCUGUUGGGGUGCAGGACCUCGUGCUUUAGUAGUAGAAAAAUGUCCUGCGCUGACACGUGGGGUCGGAAACCGAACAUGUUGGAGGGGAACAUGUUGUUUAGCUCUAUGUGGUUCGAGAGCCGGACCUGCACAACCUUUUCAAAGAGUUUCCCCGCGCACGACGUUAGGGAGAUGGGUCGAAGGUUGUUGAUGUUAUGAGGCUUACCUGGUUUUGGAAUAAGAAUAAUUUUUGCUUCCUUCCAUUCUUUUGGAAGGACGCCGUCCUCUGUCCAGACCGUGUCGUUAAAGAAUUUGGUCAAGCUCUUUAGCGUGUCAUCACUUAGAUUGCGAAUCAUUGCGUUCGUGACCUGAUCUACCCCUGGGGUCGUGUUUUUCUUGGAGUGUGCCGCUGCGUAAACCUCUUCAAAGGUUACGGGGGCGUCCAGUUCCGGUUGGUCCUGACCUUCGUAAACGGGUUUGGUGGAUUGCCCGGUCGGUACAGUACCUACGUAUAUCUCUUUAAUUUUGUCUAUGAUGUCAGCUUCCCGACCUUCAAACUCGUUUUCAAGCAGCUUAAGUGUGCGAUUCGCCACUGUUUUUGUUCCUCCCGGGUCAAUCAUACUUCGAAGAAUGCGCCAUGUUUUCUUUGUAGUCAACGUGCCCCGAAGCGAGUCGCUGAACUGACACCAAUUGCUGUCGCUUAGCUUUUGUGCGUAUUCGUUAGCUUCCUGCGCUAGCUGAGCUAUCCGUAUCCUGAGUUGACGAUUAAGCUUCUGC